AUGUUUGAAGGGCUGCUGUCGCAGUUCAACCCCCAGCACCACAGGAACGGGGUACACCUGAGGCAAGAGGACGCCCAGGAGUUUCUCACCUUCCUGACUGACCGCUUGCACGAGGAGCUCAUUAAAGUCACAUCUCAGCUUAGUCACAGCAUCACGAGGCCAGGAGGGGGAGCAGCAGCAGGGGCAGGCGGAGGAGGGGGAGAGGGAGAGGGAGAGAGUGGGGUGGAGGGGGAUCCAGAGGAGUGGCAGACGGUGGGACCGAAGCAGCGGGCGGCAGUGACGAGGACCCACGCGGUGCAGUCGUCCUGUCUGAGCGAGAUUUUUGGCGGGCAACUGAGGAGUGAAGUGCGGUCGGCAGGCAGCAAGCCAUCAGCUACAGUGCAGCCCUUCUCCUUGCUACAGCUGGACAUAGCAUCGGAUCGGAUCAGAUCUGUGGAAGAGGCACUUAAAGCCUUUGCUGCGCCUGAGGUGGUGGAGGGUUAUCGACCCAGCAACGCCAAGCCCAACCAGACGGUUCUUGCGUCCAAGACGGUGAAGAUCUCCGCCCUCCCCCACGUGCUGGUGCUGCACCUCAUGCGAUUCUCUUUCAGCCAUUCCACCGCCGGCAGCAUCAAGAUCCACAAGCCCAUCUCGUUUCCCCUCUCCCUCACUCUCUCACGGGACCUCCUCUUUUCCUCCUCGCCCUCCGCCGAGGUAUGGCUUCUCACCCUCUACCGCCCUUCACUUAUUUACGUGCUUCCUUCCAUCGUCAAGAUCCACAAGCCUGUCUCGUUUCCCCUCUCCCUCACUCUCUCACGGGACCUCCUCUUCUCCUGCUCUCCAUCUGCCGAGAGAUCAGCACUCUUACCCUCUCCUCCCGGGCCUCCUCUUACCCUCGUCUACACAUCACCCCGUGCUGCUAAUUUCACCUAUGCUGCUAAUUUCACCUAUGCUGCUAAUUUCACCUAUGCUGCUAAUUUCACCUAUGCUGCUAAUUUCACCUAUGCAAUCUGGAAACUCCUUUUGCAAUCAUCUUAUCUCCCACACGCUCCUCUACUUUCGCCCUCGCUCCCUUCGUUUUCCAGGGUGCCAGAAACCUGUUCCUUCCUCUUAACCUCCUUUCCCAUGUACCACCAGGAACGGCGAUACUCCCUUUUUGCCACUGUAGUGCACCAGGGCAGAGAUCCUUCCUCGGGCCACUACACUGCCGAUGUUCGCCAGCCGGACGGAUCCUGGCUUAGAUUUGACGACGCGCGGGUUUUGUCUGUUUCUGCCAAGCGGGUGCUACAGGAGCAGGCGUAUCUGCUGCUGUACCAAAGGGAAGGAGGAAAGCAGUGA